AUGACGUCAACAAAACCUCUUAAUAUCCUCAUCUCUGGAUCCGGUAUCUGUGGCCCUUCUUGUGCCUACUGGCUACACUGCUUUCUUCCUAUGGCUCAAAUUACCAUUAUCGAACGCUCGCCUGUACCACGACUCGGUGGACAAGCUGUCGACCUUCGCUCAGCAUGCAUACCAAUUGUGAAAAAGAUGGGGUUGCUAGACAAGGUUUUGGAGAAGAAUACAACAGAGAUGGGCAUGGAAUUUGUGUAUCUCGAUACUAAGCGUAAAGCGUUGUUCCCAAAGACAGGCGAAGAGGAGAGACAGAGUGCAACAUCCGAGUACGAAAUCCUCCGCGGCGACAUCGCUGAAAUUUUCUUCAACGCCACAAAGUCCCUCCGUAAUGUAACCUACAUCUUCGACGAAAUGAUAACUUCAAUCACCCAAGUCGACACUCCCGGCAGCUCCACGACCGCAGAAGUGACCUUCAAAAACAGCCAUCUACCUCCUUCAACCUACGACCUCGUCAUCGGCGCAGACGGCCAGAUGUCACGAACCCGGCGUCUUGUCUUCGGCCACGGACCCAAAAAUGACGAUUACUUGCACAGACUAGGCCAAUACUCCGCUCUCUUCACUAUGCCCCGCGACCCCAUCGACAACGAAUACGCACAAUGGUACAACGCCCCCGGUGGUCGUUUGUUCCUCCUGCGACCUGACCCCUACGGUACCCAGCGCGCCUACCUCUCCGUGACGGAUAAAAACCUCUCUCGCUUCGAUGAGAUUGACGGUUUACUACGCACGGGCACCAGAGAACAGCAGCAAGCAUGGUUCGAACGUGAAUUCCAAGGUGCGGGGUACCAGACCGAUCGGUGUCUUGCAGCCAUGAAGAAAGCAGAUGACUUCUACAUGCAGCAGAUAGCGCAAGUACGGAUGCCACAGUGGAGCAAAGGCUGCUGCGUUGUCGUCGGUGAUGCAGCGUAUUGUCCCAGUCCCAUCUCCGGCGUCGGCACCGCAGCGGCGAUUGUAGGAUCUUAUGUUCUCGCUGGUGAGGUGGCAAAGUCGCUACAUGAUAUUCCUGCUGCACUGAGGGAGUACGAACGCGUCACAAGGGGUUUUGUGGAUAAGGCGCAGAAGCUUGUUCCGGGUGCGCCGCAGAUUGCGAAUCCGCAGUCGGUGUGGGGGAUCAAGGUGCUGAAUGCUGUUACGGGUGUGCUGGCGAGCAGGUUUGUGCAGGGGUUGAGUGGGUUGGUGGGGAGGUUGUUUCCCGCGUUUGGGAGUACGACGGCGUGGUGUCCACCGGAUUAUGAGGGGGUGAAGGGUGUUUGA